CAGGAAUAAGUGAAAGGUUUGCACAGGCUCCUUCCCAGCACUUUGCUCUCAGGGCAGGAAUUCCCUGACUUCCCUUGCAAGCUGCUGCUUGAACUGUUGACUUCUUUUUCCUUUAUAAACUGCCCAGGAGAGAACAGGAGCUCAGCAUUCAAAAACACAGCACCAUGGCUGGCCAGACAUGUCUGCUUAUUCUUAUUGCUUUACCCGCUGUCCUCCUCCAACAAGCUACAAAUGUUUUUUUGAAGCAUGGCAACGCACAUAACAUACUGCGGGCAAAACGAGCGAAUUCAGGCUUUGAAGAAUUUAAAAAAGGUAACCUGGAAAGGGAAUGUUAUGAAGAGCGCUGCUCAUUCGAGGAAGCACGAGAAGUCUUCGAGAAUGAAGAUAAAACCAGAGAAUUCUGGAACAAGUAUUAUGAUGAUGAUCAGUGUAAAUCAAAUCCUUGUCAGUAUGGUGGAUCAUGUAAAGAUGGGAUCAAUGAAUACACGUGCUUCUGCAAUCCUGGUUUUGAGGGCAAAAACUGCGAAACAGUAAAACUACAAUUGUGCUCCUUAAACAAUGGCGACUGUGAUCAGUUUUGCAAAGUAGUGGAUCGAUUUAUUGUAUGUUCCUGUACAAAUGGAUAUGUACUGGGAGAAAAUGGUAAAUCCUGUAUUCCAACCGACAAAUAUUCCUGUGGAAGAAGACAUAUGCGUAGAGAAAAGAGGGCAGCAGAAAUACUUAAGAAUGAUACGGAAAGCCAUACGGACAAUCAGAGUGAAGUGAAACUUAACCAAACUGACACUCUGCUGGAAAGUAAUGUAACAAGAAAUAAUAUAUUUGAUGAGAAUGAGCCAAAUGUUAGGAUUGUGGGUGGAAGAGACUGUGACCCUGGUGAAUGCCCUUGGCAAGCCCUGUUGGUGGAUGAUGAAAAUGAGGGAUUUUGUGGGGGGACCAUUUUGUCUCGAGAGUUGAUACUCACUGCAGCUCACUGCAUCAACCAGACCAAAUCUAUGAAAGUAGUGGUUGGGGCGCUAAAUACAAAAAAGACUGAAGGCGCUGUCCAUAAUGUUGAAAAAAUAUCCAUACACCCUCGAUUUGUAAAGUUAACCUAUGAUUAUGACAUGGCUGUGAUAAAAUUAAAGCAAGCCAUUAACUUCACUGAGAACAUUAUUCCCGCUUGUAUCCCCGAACCUGAGUUUGCUGAACAAGUUUUGAUGAAUGAACCAGAUGCCAUGGUUAGCGGAUUUGGGCGGUUACAGGAGCGUGGACGUCAAGCCUCAUAUCUUCAGAUGCUCCAAGUCCCGUAUAUCAAAAGGCACCGCUGUAAAGAGUCCAGCACCUUCGCAAUCACAGAUAAUAUGUUCUGCGCAGGCUUUGAUACUGAAGUGAAAGAUGCCUGUCAGGGAGAUAGCGGGGGGCCACAUGUCACCCCAUUUAAAGGAACUUAUUUUGUGACUGGCAUAGUUAGUUGGGGGGAGGGAUGUGCUCGAAAGGGCAAAUUUGGGGUUUAUACAAAAGUAUCCAAGUUAAAUAGAUUUCUUAAAUCAGUUCUGAAGAAAUACCCGUUAUAAAGUGAUUCCCCACUUGGUUUAGAUAUUUAAAAGCAAACAAAUCCUUUCACUCGACUUUUUCAUAUUAAAAAAAAAUAUAUACAUAUAUAUAUAGAUAUCUAUAUCUAUAUAUAUAUAUAUAUAUAUAUAUAUAUAUAUAUAUAUAUAUAUAUAUAUAUAUACAUAUUCCAGCAGCCAAUGUGGCUAAGGGUAUUAUGCAUAAUGAUUCUGUAUAAAGGUAUCAUGCCCUUGCAAUACAGCUACAAUGAACUUG